UCCCCCACCCCCUCGGGCCACCCGCUCUUGAGUUGGAGACUCCUGGCUCCCGUUCGGCUCAGUCCGGGCAACAGAGGGACACGGGAAUGGACACAGAAGGGAGUCAGAGCAGCCUGUCGUCCUCCACGCAGGACUCCCCGCACGAUCCCUGCAAAAUGUUCAUCGGCGGGCUGAGCUGGCAGACGACACAAGAGGGACUGAAGGAAUACUUUUGUAAAUUCGGCGAGGUGAAGGAGUGUAUGGUGAUGCGGGAUCCGGUUACGAAGCGGUCGAGGGGCUUUGGAUUUGUCACCUAUGUAGACCAGACCGGUGUGGAUAAAGUUUUGGCCCAAAACAGACACGAGUUGGAUUCAAAAACAAUUGACCCUAAGGUGGCCUUCCCACGUAGAGCUCAGCCGAAGCUGGUAACAAGAACAAAGAAGAUCUUUGUUGGAGGGCUGUCUGUCAACACCACCAUUGAAGAUGUGAAACAGUAUUUCGAUCAGUUCGGAAAGGUUGAUGACGCGAUGCUAAUGUUUGACAAAACCACCAACAGGCACAGAGGUUUUGGCUUUGUGACCUUUGAGAAUGAAGACGUGGUGGAAAAGGUCUGCGAGAUCCACUUUCAUGAGAUCAACAACAAGAUGGUGGAGUGCAAGAAGGCGCAGCCGAAGGAAGUGAUGUCACCGACAGGUACGGCGCGAGGCCGCUCCAGGGUGAUGCCCUACGGCAUGGACGCCUUCAUGCUGGGGAUAGGCAUGCUGGGUUACCCAGGGUUCCAGGCGGCCACCUACGCCAGCCGUGGCUACACAGGAAUCACACCAGGAUACACGUACCAGUUCCCAGAAUUCCAUUUAGAACGGACACCCCUUCUGACUUCCUCUCACCCCCAAGAGAUCACAGCCAUUCCACUGACUGCCUAUGGACCAAUGGCAGCGGCCGCAGCUGCAGCGGUGGUCAGAGGUGCGCAAAAUCAGCUCUAUUAUGGUUCCACCCCGUCACGCGCCGCUGGGUUCCUGGGCACCAGCAGCCCUGGGCCAAUGGCAGACCUUUAUGCAGCAGCCAAUCAGGACUCAGUCAGCAGCUACAUCAGUGCGGCAAGCCCCGCCCCCAGCACGGGGUUCGGACAUGGACUUGGGGGCCCUUUGAUUGCAACUGCCUUUACCAAUGGCUACCACUGAGGGUGUCCUCCUAUCAGCAUCCGGCACGGGAUGAAGAAACUCACGAGCGCCGCUGACCACGUGACGUGCUUACGGGACGCUCCCUCCUGACUCCACUCUGGGGUUCCCAUCUUUACUUUUCCCUCCAUUCUCUACUAACAUCACUUUUCUUUUUCCUCAUCCCGUAUUUUUCUUCCUGACGUAUCCUGUUUAUCAGCGACUCGUGUAUGAUAUGCUGCCGUCUGUCUUUUGAAAGAAAAAAAAAACGAAGAAAAAAAAAAAACAUUGUUUGAUUGUAUACGUGCGGGAAACACGCGAGGAAUUCCGUUUCUCCGGAUUUUUAUUUUGACAA